GACCAUUUACGUCGCUCAGACUUGGAGUGUAACAGGUGUUGAACUCAUGAUGUUUACUGCUGUCCUCUCUCUGCUUUUCUUUACAGAGUGUGGGUGUCUCUCUAAUAGUCUCUGCCUGUAACACCAAAGGACUGAUCACUCAGUUGACCCAACCUUCUUCCAAUAAAAGGACCAGGCUUAAUAUUUCCACCGUGGAUUCUCAGCAGCGAUUGAGUGAUGAUGCUGGCCAGUUUCCUCUUUCUGCUCUUCCUCACAGGUGGGGAAUCCUCCGAGGCUAACUACAUAUACCAGGAUGUCUUAAAUUACCUGAAUCUGUCGUCAAACAAUGACCUGUUCACCAUGUCCCGGCCUGUUAAAGACCACACACAGGCCUUAGAAGUUGAGCUGUACGUGAUGCUCUAUGCCAUUGUAGAUGUGCGGGAGGUUGAACAAAAAUUUGUUCCCUACCUCUGGAUUUUUAUGAGCUGGAAAAACGAUCAUAUUUCCUGGAAUCCUGAAGAUUUUGGUGGGAUUAAAAAUAUCACUAUUCCUACUGAAGCUCUUUGGAAACCAGACAUAACUAUUAAGGAGAUGAUAGAGAAAGACAAGGCUCCUCCGACUCCAUAUCUCUUCGUUUCACACUCAGGUGUAGUUGAGCUUACAAAUGAUCAGGUCCUGAUCAGCAACUGCAGGAUGCAUGUUUACAAUUUUCCUUUCGACAUACAAAGUUGCACCCUUUCAUUCAAGUCAGUCGUCCACUCUGACAAAGAAAUACAACUCCUCCUCUUUGCUGAUUCCUCUGAGGUCACAAACGAUACUAAGGAGGUGUUGCGAACCCAGUACGAGUGGCAAUUCAUCAAUGUGACAGUCACUAACCAAACUGUCAACAAAUAUGGCCGGAAUCAAGACAUGAUCGUUUAUACUGUCUUCAUGAAAAGGAGGUCUAUGCUGUACGUCAUCAACGUCAUGUUGCCUGUCCUGUUCUUCCUGUGUCUGGACUUGUCCUCCUUCCUGAUCUCAGACAAAGGGGGUGAGAAGCUGAGUUUCAAGAUCACGGUGCUGCUCGCUAUCACCGUGAUGCAGCUUCUUCUCAACGACAUCCUACCUGCAUCAUCAAGCAAGAUCCCACUUAUAGCCCUCUACUGCUUUGGGAUUUUUGGGUUCAUGAUGCUCAGCCUUGUUGAGACGAUUGCAGUGAUGUAUUUGAUGGAAAAAGACUCUGAAUCCCAAGACAAAGAGGCAGACAGAGACCAAAACCUGAGUGAGGACUGUGGUAACAAAUCUACCUAUAAACAUGACAAAAAGGUGAGAAAAUGGUGCCAGUGUUUGGGCAACGUGUCUUCUGAUGAAACUCCUGCUGACCUGUUGCUUGAAGAUAGAAAGAUGACCGUCAGCAAAUCCACAGAGGACACCUACACACUGGAGCAAGUUUCAACUGAACUGAAAGAAAUGGAGAAAACACUGUCUGUGAUCUUCACCUGCAAUGAUGGAGAGAGGAAGCCUGGAUACUGGACCCAAAAGGCAAAAAUAAUCAACAGAAUUUUCUUUAUGUUCUAUUCUUCUCACAUCGACUAUGGACUGAACACCGGGUCACCAGGCCGGUGGGAUAUCCUUCACAGAACCCCUGGACCUCUCCUUAACAACAAGGGACUACAGGGAAAAACUCUGCAGGUCCUGGCCUCCUUUGGAUCAGCAAUUCAGCUGGAGGGCUUUCAAUCAAGAAUCCUAGAUUUCCCCAUGCAUGGUUUUCAGUCCCCAAACCUGGAUGAAGGAAGGGAUGUUGGGAUCCGGCUCAAAGGACCAAGUUGA